AUGUAUUCGAUUUUUUAUUAAAUAUUUUCAUAUUAUUAUAUUAUUUUGGAAAGAUUUUAAUCAUUUUCGUGCAUUUAUUUUACUUAUUAAUAUAAAUAAGAAGGUCUUAUAAUAGGAUUUAAUUCUUAUAUUUAUUAGUUUGAGGUUGUAUGGAAAUUUUAAUUAUCUUUAUAUAAAUAAUUGUUUAUUUAAAAAUUAUAUUUAUCUUCCUUAUUGGAAGAUGCGGUUUUUAUUUAACUUUUUUCGCAUUAAAAUUCAUAUUUUAUUUGGUUUGGAUUUAUUUAAUAAUAAUUAAUUUACUAUUUGUAUUCAGGUUGUGGAGGAUAAUUUAUAUAUUCUAGUUUUUCAUAUUAAUAUGGUUAAUAUAAUUAGUUUUAGUUAAUAAAUUGUUUAUAUUAUUAUAUACCUUAAUAAUAAAAUUAAUCAUAAAAACUUGUAUAUUAUUAAGGUUAUUAGUAGUUUGGAAAAUGA